UGUGAGUGACAGUGGGUGACAGCAGGUGACACCGAGUGACACAUCUGUGAUCCUGUCUGCGGUGACUCUGAGCAAGACACUGAUAAGAGGGAUCAGGUCCCGCGGGAGCUUGCAAUCCAACACCGGCAGCUGAGGAUGUGAAAUAUUGAUCAGCAGCAGUCUGCGCCAUGUCGUGCAGUUCGGGGGAGUGCAGGGGGCUCCCCCUCUACAGCUUCUACACGGCCCCCCCUGCCACGGACCCUAUGCAUUACUCCUCUGUGUCCCUUGGCUCGGAUCCCCCGUUAAACAAUGGCUCUGGGACCCCCUGCUCUGCCCAGGACCCCACGCUGCAGGUGAGCGGCCCCACCGGGGGCACGAAAGAAGGGCACACGGACUACUCCCCUAAGUGCUUCUACCGCCACUACCUGACUCGUACCAGCAUGCAGGGCGACGUCUACAACUUCCUGGAAAGACCCAGUGGUUGCCGUUGCUUCAUAUACCAUUUCAGUGUGUUCCUCCUUGUUCUUAUAUGUUUAAUAUUCAGUGUCCUCUCCACCAUAGAACAUUACUCUGAAUUUGCCACAGGAACUCUGUUCUGGAUGGAGAUUGUACUGGUCGUGUUUUUUGGUGCCGAAUAUCUUGUACGUCUGUGGUCAGCCGGCUGCCGCAGCAAAUAUGUGGGUUUCAAGGGGCGAAUACGUUUUGCUCGAAAACCCAUCUCAAUAAUCGAUCUCAUCGUGGUCAUAGCCUCCAUUAUUGUGCUCAGUGUCGGCUCCAACGGGCAGGUCUUCGCCACAUCCGCAAUUAGGGGGAUCCGAUUCCUUCAGAUACUUCGCAUGUUACAUGUGGACCGCCAGGGAGGAACGUGGAGGCUGCUGGGAUCUGUAGUUUUCAUCCAUCGCCAGGAGCUCAUCACCACUUUGUACAUUGGCUUCCUGGGUCUCAUCUUCUCAUCCUACUUCGUCUACCUGGCUGAGAAGGAUGCAGUGGAUGAAGAGGGGAGGACCGGAUUUUCCAGCUACGCUGAUGCCCUCUGGUGGGGGGUGGUCACCGUGACGACGAUUGGUUAUGGGGACAAAGUUCCACAGACGUGGAUUGGGAAGACAAUUGCGUCUUGCUUCUCUGUCUUUGCCAUCUCCUUCUUUGCACUACCAGCGGGGAUUCUGGGUUCUGGCUUUGCUCUGAAAGUCCAGCAGAAACAGCGACAGAAACAUUUCAACAGACAGAUCCCGGCCGCAGCAUCGCUAAUCCAGACCCUGUGGAGGUGUUACGCUGCAGAGAAGUCCUACAACUCUACAGCCACCUGGAAGAUCUACCUGACCCCUCCAGAUCAGAAUAACAAGUCAGUGCCGACGGCGGGCAGCCCUAUCGCACGGAGACAGAACAGAAGAAGUAGGAAGAAGACCAAAUCUCUGCAUGAGGCCCUUGUCACCCCCACCAGCCCCACCCUGGCCCCGUUGUGCCUGACUCCGAUGCCCUCGGGUCCCCGGGCGUCGGCCCCAGAAAAUGCCCUGUCUGUGCCUCACAUCACCUACCAUCAUGCGGAAGGGGACAAAAGCAGCCUGAACUUCCAGGGCCCCACAGGUCGUUGCCGAUCCUGGUCCACCCUCACUAUCUGCACAUCCAGUAACUUCACUGCACAAGGGAGGAAUCGGCCAGACGAAUCCCUUCCAGACAUUUCCCGGACAAACAGCUACACAGACGAUAUGGAUGCCAUGAGUGAGGAGAGCCCUCUGCCAGCGGUCACCAAUAUCUCACAGUUGACAGAAGCUCACAGGACAGCAGUAAAGGUCACACGGAGAAUGCAGUAUUUUGUGGCCCGCAGAAAAUUCCAGCAAGCUCGGAAACCAUACGACGUUCGGGAUGUGAUUGAACAAUAUUCCCAGGGACACUUGAAUAUGAUGGUGCGCAUCAAGGAGCUGCAGAGAAGACUGGACCAUUCCCUAGGGAAGCCGGGGCUUUUUCUUCCAGAGAAAGGUGUCGAUAAAGGAUACUACACAGUCGGUUCAAGGCUCAUGCGUCUCGAGGAAAAGGUGACCAGGAUGGACCACAAGUUGGAUGAGAUCCUGUACGUCUUCCGUGCUAAAUUGGUGCCAGAAGAGGACCAACAGCCCUCCUCUCAGCCAGCGUCCCCCGCCCCCCACAGGCUACUCCACCCGUCUCACAGCUCGCCCAUGCCAGGCCGCCGAUUCUGAGACACAAGGCUCACCACUCUGCAGCUCCUCCGAGGAGCCAAAGGAACU